UGCUGUGUUACCUUGAAAUGCACAGUUCAUGAUGAAAUACAUUGUACCCUUGUCGUUGAGAGUUUCAGUUCCAGGAGUACAGCUUGACAUAUCUCCAGGAGAAGGGCAAACUUUAUUACCAGCCCAGAUCCUCCAUUGGUAAAAUUGACACAUUUGAUGAUGGAAGCAGUUUCUCCACCACUUUGUAUUGUGAGACCUUCCACAUGAGAUACUGUCAAAGUCUGGUGCAGCAAAUGAUUUCCAAACAAGACAAUAUCACUGUUAUUGAGAAGAGACGCAUUAGAAAACACAUAGCCGAGGGUUUUACAUGGAGAAGAGCUGUUUUGCUGGAGACAUUGAGGAAUAUCAAGUCCAGUUUUGUUGUUGAUGAUAACUGAU